GCCAAGUUUUCUAUCGAUAAAUACCCCUUUACAGGCUUACACCAUUUCACCCCGUAACCUUCAUUCCCUGUCUUAAUCUUUCACAAAACCCCUACGCGCCUCCUAAAUAUUCAAUUCACGUCUUUCGAAAAAAGAUCUGAUCAUAUAGACUUCAUUGGAAUGAUAUGGAGAUUUGUUGCAAAUUUAUUAGAGCUUUGUUAUGUUACUUACCAAUUAUUUUCACCACUCUCGGAGGAGCCAUGGCCUCCCAUAAGGUUUAUCCAGGUUAUCCUUCUAAUAGUACUGUGAAAGUCAAGCAGGUUUAUAGAACUUCCUACCAUUUUCAACCCAAGAAACAUUGGAUCAAUGAUCCGAAUGCACCAAUGUAUUACAAAGGAUACUACCAUUUCUUCUGUCAAUACAAUCCCAAAGGUGCAGUGUGGGGAAACAUUGUAUGGGCUCACUCUGUAUCAACUGACAUGAUCAACUGGAAAUGGUUAAAACCAGCACUUACACCAUCAAAAUGGUUUGAUAAAUACGGGUGUUGGUCCGGAUCCGCCACAAUCCUCCCAGGUGAUAAACCAGUCAUUUUGUACACCGGAGUGAUAAAGGAAAACCCGGAACCAGGUUAUCAAGUCCAAAACUACGCAAUACCUACCAAUUAUUCCGAUCCAUAUCUCCAAAACUGGGUCAAACCCAACAUCAACAACCCGAUCCUCAAUCCCACUCAAGAGAACGUUUCGUCUUUCCGUGACCCUUCAACUGCUUGGUUCAUCAAUGGUUACUGGAAAAUGUUAGUUGGUAGCAGACACAACGAUCGAGGCAUUGCGUAUAUGUACAAAAGCAAAGAUUUUGUUAAGUGGACGAGGGCCAAACACCCGUUUCACGACAAACCGGGUACGGGUAUGUGGGAAUGUCCAGAUUUUUACCCGUUAUCAUCUCCUGGUGUUAGAAACGGGUUGGAGACUUACACAUUGGGCAAAGAUCAUACUAAAUAUGUUUUUAAGGUGAGCCUUGAUGAAACAAGGUAUGAUUAUUAUACGAUCGGAGAGUAUGACGUGGUGAACGAACGCUAUCAUCCAGAUAACAUUACUGUUGAUGGUUGGGCUGGGUUAAGAUAUGAUUAUGGAAACUUGUAUGCGUCCAAAACUUUCUUCGACCCUGUCAAGAAACGAAGAAUUUUGUGGGGUUGGUGUAAUGAGUCGAGCACAACAGAAGAAGAUAUUGCAAAGGGAUGGGCAGGAAUUGAGUUGAUUCCACGUAUGGUGUGGUUGGACCCUAGUGGAAAACAAUUGCUACAAUGGCCAAUACAUGAGCUAGAAACCCUAAGAGGUCAGAAAAAGAAUAUAAGGAAUAUGAAGCUAAACAAAGGAGAUUCCAUGGAAAUCAAAGGAAUUACUGCUGCUCAGGUCGAUGUGGAUGUUAGUUUUACUUUUUCAAGCCUGAGUAAAGCUGAGGCGUACGAUAGAAACUGGGACAAAUUUCCAAGAGAAGAUGUCGCUAAAGACAUAUGUGGAAUCAAGGGUGCAACCGCACAAGGUGGAGUUGGACCUUUUGGGAUUCUAGCACUUGCUUCCAAGAAUCUUGAAGAAUACACUCCGGUCUUCUUUAGGGUUUUCAAGACCCAUGUCAAGACAUAUAAAGUCCUCAUGUGCUCAGAUGCUACUCUUUCCUCGAAGAACAUGAAUGAAUAUAAGCCAUCAUUUGGAGGGUUUGUGGACGUGGAUUUAGCCGACAAGAGGCUUUCACUUAGGAGCUUGAUCGAUCAUUCGGUUGUGGAAAGCUUUGGAGAGGGUGGAAAGACUGUAAUCACAUCUAGGGUUUAUCCGAAACUAGCAGUGGCGGGUGAUGCACAUUUACAUGUGUUUAACAAUGGUACUGAGACCAUAGUGGUUGAGAAACUACAUGCAUGGUCCAUGAAAAGAGCUCUCAUGAACUGAUAUAAUUUUCAUAUCAUUAAAUCAUAGAGGGUAGAAAUAAAUUAAAAUUACAAUUUUAUGAUGUUUUUGUUUUUUAGUUUUUUUUUAAUAGAGUAAUGUAACCUUGAUGAAAUUAUCCAUGGAUCAGAAAUUUCGAAUAAAAUCUAUGGAAUUUGAUCAUGAUUGAUU